CCCGGAGAACACAUCCAUAUUCGAAACCGUAAAGUACAAUCAUCUCAUCAGGGUCAUCAUCGCGCUUAUUGAACGAAAUAAAGCCGGUCUUCGGUCGCUCGAGGGUGAACAGUGCAUUGCGAAGCAGCAAACAGGACAGGUCGAAUUUUGGCAAAAAUCAGCAAACCGUGAGCAAUCGAGCAAAGAGACCCCAGACCCCUUUCGAAGUCUACAAAAAUGCGUGUUGCAAUCAUCAUUUUCGCUAUUCUGGCGGUCGUUUGUGCCUUGCCGGCCGAGAAAAAUGCCAAAUGCAAACAAGUGUGUACCGCUGACUAUACGCCCGUUUGUGGCGUACCUAAGGAUGGUAAGGGUAGUACUAUCACCUUUGGGAACAGUUGCGUAAUGGAAAAGGUCAACUGUGAAUCCAAUAAAGAUUACAUUGUAAAGAGUCAGGGAGAGUGUGGAGACAAGAGCCCAGUACGCCUUUCCUGAGUCCCUGGUCUGCCCAAACUGAUCCGGUAAAUUCUUCUUGUACUAUUCAUAAAAAAAUGCUGCUGUGUACGGUCCCAGCACACUGGACGAUUCACUUCUCUGUUAACCUUGACAAUAAAAAAACACUGUUAACAACC